GGUGUCACGUGAGCUGAUUGUUGACGGUCUGUACCGAGCGAGAGGCGCGCGCUUUGUCGAACUCUCUUCAGCUCUUCCUCUCACCGUCCAGAAAAUAAUGUCUUAUCACCAUAAACACAGCGGGGACAAUGACUACAGAAGUGGAGAGAACAGGAACAAAGGACCAAGAUGGUCUCAUUGCAGGAAACGGGACGCUGAUGGGAACGUACGAAGAUCACGCGAUGAGUCCGAGACCAACACUUCAGAUAGAAGAGGAUCGAACAGGCCUGAAUGUUUCACAACACCAGAGAGUGCAGGACCGGUGUCAAGAAUAAAAGACUGGGCAGAGGAGGUGGAGAACGAUGAAAUGCGCACUAAUGUUCGUCGGGACAUAGAGCGUUACAGACGGCGGAUACUGACUGGUGAUGUUGCUCAAAGAGAGAGGAAAGCAUCGUCUGGAAGUUCAGACUCGCAAGAUUCCAGAGGCUCCCCUGUCCCUGGGGACAUCGAGACCGAUGAGGCUGUCCUAAUGAGGAGACAAAAGCAGAUUAACUAUGGGAAGAACACCCUGGCCUAUGACAGAUACAUUAAAGAAGUUCCCAAGCACUUGAGAAAACCAGGGGUUCAUCCACGAACUCCCAACAAAUUCAAGAAAUACAGUCGUCGCUCCUGGGACCAGCAGAUAAAACUGUGGAAAGUCAAGCUUCAUGCGUGGGAUCCUCCUGCUGAAGAAGGCAGCGAUCUACAAGCUGUGGAUCUGGGUGAGGUCAUGGACUUUGAGCUGGAUGUUGAGUGUUCAGUGGAUCCUGAAAUAGAAGCAUCAAGUUCUAAAACUAACACAUCAGACUUUGAGCUCUCAGGAACCCCCCAUAAGAUGAUGAAGAUAGAUGAAGCUGAGAUGGCUUAACUUUGCUCACGGAGGCUCUGAUAGUGCGAGAGGACAGUUAAUGCACUGACCCUUGCAUGAUUUUAUUGCUAAUACUGUUGUGUUUCUUAUUGCUUUUUAAAAUCACUUUUGUUUUUCUUGGUGAAUUCAAAAUAUGUAAAGUUAGUUAGAGAUAAAAUUACACUGAUUGUAAAUGGGCUGGUUUUCCACAUCCAAGUGUUUGUUUCCCAAAUAUAAUUGUUGUAAAGUAAUGCCUUUAUUUUUGUGAUGUAAAUUUGACAUUUUUGUUAAAUAUUUAACCAGCUGUUUUAUAAGGACUAUUGAAAUAAAGAAAUGAAUCUUAAAAGA